UACGUGUCUUGUCUCUACACUUGCUUGAUAUUCUUAAACUUCAAUCGGCAAAACAAAAACUCCAACAUUAAGCAUUUCAGUCGAUCAAAAAAAAGAGACAAAAUGGGACAAUCUUCAUCGACCGAACAAAUGUCACCUGAGCAAAGAGAAGCAGAAUCAAUAGCAGCAUCAACUGGUGCUCUAACUAAUCUUCAAAAAGCUUUUUCUCUUCUUUCUGAUCCUCAAACUAACUCCAUUCCCCUUCAUUCCCUUCAGAAAUGUUUUGAGUUCUCUUGUGAGGGAUCAACAAAUGAAGAGCUGACAAUACCAAAGGAAUUUCCAGUUUUGCUGAGUCAUUUGAGUUCUUCAAUAGUUGACUUGUUUUUCUUGUCUGAAAAGGGAGGUAUAAGUUGGAUUGAGUUCCUAAAAGGCUAUAUAAAGUGUUCUGGAAGGACAGUUAGUUCAGCUUCACUCAAUAGUUUGUUAAGGUUAUUUGGGACAAUAUCUGUCAAGGCAGGUCUUCCAGAAAAAAUGCAGGUCGUUUUUGAUGAGGAAGAUAGCAAGAUCAGUGGAUUUUUAUCGCCUGUUGAUUUGCAGAUGCUUCUUUCAAUGUGUUGGAUCAUGUGGUGGGAUUCAAAAAAGUUGAGGGCUUCGUCUAGUUUAGGUGAUUCUGGUCUUCCAGAUGUUACACAUUUGGUUUUGUCAGCUGUAGACUCUUGUGCUGAAGCUGAUAAAAAAUUGGAUUUAUGGGAGAACAGCAGCAUUUUAGACUUGGAUAUACAACUUCCUGUUGCAAAGAUUAUAAUGUGGGCUUUGAAAACAGUGCCAAGCCUCGCGGAUUGCUUCGGACAAUUCGUCCAUGCGAGACUUUGUUACCUAGCUGCUCACAAGGAAAAACUUGAGCAAGCGGACCUUUUCUCGCAUGAUAUUUCUGCAAAGGAAAUGACCGUUGGCCGUCUCCUUAAUUCUGGAAGGGCCUGGGCUCUCUCACUUACAUUGAGGGGCACUUUAAGUGAAGAGAUGUCAAAGGCAUGCUUUCCAAGUGCUGCAGAGGAAGUAGAUGAUUACCUACUUUAUCGGUCUUCCCUUCAUGGAAAAGGUCUGAAUAGAUUUUGGUCAAAUGUUGAAGGAUAUAAUGGUCCAUUGCUAAUUCUUAUCUCUGCUCAUGAGGUCAAUAACGAUGCAAAGAGAUGGAUAAUUGGUGUUCUCAUUGAGCAGGGUUUAGAAAAUCAUGACAAAUUCUAUGGGACGUCUGGUAGUUUAUACUCCAUUAGUCCGGUUUUUAAUGUGUUCACACCUUCAGGGAAGGAGAAAAACUUUGUUUACAGCCACUUGCAUGCGACAGUUAAAUAUGACGCUCAUCCGAAGCCUGUCGGACUUGCUUUUGGAGGAUCCUCUGGCAAUGAAAGAAUAUCUGUGGAUGAAGAUUUUGCUAAAGUUACAGUUCGUCAUCAUGCUUGUGACAAAACUUACCAUCAUGGUCCUCUUUACCCUGAUCAGGGGUACUUGCCAGUUGAAUCUUUGAUUAUGGAUGUGGAGGUUUUGGGAUUGGGAGGAAAAAGGGCUAGAGAUAUUCAAUCAUCGUAUAAGAAGAGGGAGGAACUCUUUACUGCGCAAAAACGAAAGGUUGACUUGAAUUCAUUUGGAAAUUGGGAAGAUUCUCCUGAGAAAAUAAUGAUGGAUAUGGUUUCUGACCCCAACAGAGUUCGUCGGGAAGAACGAUGAACUAAUUCUCCACUAGAAGAGAUUUUCACAUGAUCCAGAACUUUUAUCAUAUGUAUAUAGGGAAAUGUUUCAAAUUUUAUUUGCUACUUCACUUUGGAAUAAGAUUUGUAUGUUUGGCUUCAUAUGUCUCUAUUUUACACUCUCUGCAGACACUAGUGUCAAAGUGGGAAAGUUUAUGUAGUACAGAAACAUAAUGCAUUUUCAUGAAGGAUGUAGAUGUAUACAAGAUUUGAGAUACUCUCUGUGGUCGA